GGUCCGCGGUGACGUCACAGACUGGUUUCUUCUGCUUUGGGCCGAAGGGGGACAAGGAGAACCGAGACCCAGAACGGAACGAGUCCAGUCCAGUUUACAGCACCGACAGCAGCUGCUCGAAGCGGAUAAAAACAUCUUUAAAAAUAAAAAUAAAAAUGGGAAACUGUCAGCCCACAGUCGUGCCAUACGAGGAGUUUGAUGUUGUAGCCGACAUCAAGGCCAUCCGCAAAGCCUGCAAAGGGUUUGGUACUGACGAGAAGGCCAUCAUUGAAAUCCUGGCGAACCGCUGUUCAUUUCAGCGGCAGGAGAUUAAACAGGCCUAUUUUGAUAAAUAUGACGACGAGCUGGUGGACGUGUUGAAGAGCGAGCUGUCGGGGAGCUUUGAGAAGGCCAUCCUCGCCAUGCUGGACCCGCCCGUCAUCUACGCUGUGAAGGAGCUGAGGAAGGCCAUGAAGGGGGCCGGCACCGAUGAAGACGUCCUGGUGGAGAUCCUCUGCACCGCCACCAACGCUGACAUCGCCAUGUUCAAGGAAUGCUACUUUCAAGUGCAUGAACGGGAUCUCGAAGAAGAUAUCGAGGGAGACACGAGCGGGGACGUAAGAAAUCUGCUCACAGCUCUUUUGCAGGGCAACAGAGAUGAGAGUUACGAUGUGGACGAGGAGCUGGCCGAACAAGAUGCCACCUCCCUGUUCGAGGCUGGUGAGGGUCGUUUUGGCACAGAUGAGUCCACUUUCACCUACAUCCUGGCUUCCAGAAACUACCUGCAGCUGCAGGCCACCUUCAAGAUGUAUGAGCAGCUCUCUGGAACCGAGAUCCUCGACGCCAUCGACAAUGAGACUUCUGGGACACUGAAGAAAUGCUACAGAGCGCUCGUGAGAGUUGCUAAGAACCCUCAGCUGUACUUUGCCAGACGUCUGAACGGUGCGAUGAAAGGAGCGGGAACUGACGAGGAUACCCUCAUUCGCAUCAUCGUGUGUCGCUCCGAGUACGAUUUGGAGACCAUCAAAGACAUGUAUCUGGAGAAGUACGACGUGUCCCUGAAGGACGCCCUGAGGGACGAGUGCAGCGGCGACUUUAAGCGCCUCCUCCUCGCCAUCUGCCACUGAAAGUCAGCCAGCGAGGUCAAAAAGCAAAGCGGACGCAGACAACGGAGGCAGAGACGGUGGAGUAUCUUUAUACCGAGGGCACUGCUGUUUUCUGUCUAACUAACUAAUACUACUCAGUCUGUCCAUGUGACAUUAUGUAGGGAGCAGGAGGGUGGGAGUGAUUCAAUAUUUCAUGUCUUGGCUCUCUUUUUAAACUUUUUCCACAGACAUAAAAGCACGAAAUUUGAAACUAAAGUUUCUGUGAACAACUGCCCAUUUCUAUGUCCAAUUCCUAACACCUUUACCAGCAUUUCCACAGUGGUGAGUCACUUUUAGUCACUGUAAACAAGAUUUAUACAGGAGCCAACUGUAGUCACACUGAUACAAUUUGAUCAGGUGGCUUGAGGCUUAGUUGGAUAAUCACAUUGUAAACAUAAGACGUGUUUGUGCACUGGGGAAAAGUCUCUGUGGCCUCAGUCUGCUGCUGCAUUUGCCAGUUAGUAGUGAUACAGUAUUACCAUUAUAGAAGUAUUAGAUCAAAUAAUUCGUUAUAUUUCACCCUCCAUGCCCCCAAAACUCAGUGCCUGUUAUACUUUACUGCUGUCACAACUAAUGCAAUCACUCCAUAUGGCUUGAAGAGUGUCCUUAUAAAUGAAGAAAUGUGAAAGUGAGUCACGACGGACGGUGUCUCUGUUUGUAUCACGAAGGAUUAUGCAAUGUGAUUUGAAUGGAUUUCAGAGAAUAUAUGUUUUAUCGGUUGCGUAUGGAAAGAAACUAUAUAUUGAUUUACAAUAUGUCGAAUUUUUAUCCUUUAACAACUACAAAAAAAGACUUGACAAAUCCAAAUGACACCUCACCUUGUUAUACUUUUUUUUUUUUGUAUUUUAAGACUAACACAGUUGUUAUUUAAUAUAUAUAUAACAGUAUUUACUUUAUUGUUAUCGAUAGGCCAGUGGGCAUAUGAGAAGAAACCUUUAAGAAACAUUUAACGUCUGAACAACAUCUGAUGUCUCUAUUUGUGUGUCUCUAUAAGGCAGCUGAGAUUUGUUCAAAUGACCACUGUAAACACACGCUGAGUAGAUAGAGUACAUUAGAGAGGUAACCAGGAUAUCAGAUGUGUCGGUGGAUUAGUGUUUGUCUCUCUGUAGCCAAAGAAUUGUAGCCUAACCACAAAUAAAGUUCCCUGUAACGUCA